UCAAAUACAACAACGAACAACCACUCCCUCGCUCUAAACCCUUGUCGUCACUGCUCGUUUCACUACUAAACCUCAAUCCUCCGGCGGCGGCGUUGUUUUCCAUUCAGAAAUGAAAGAGAAGAAAUUGAUAGCCUUAGGGUUCGAGGGUUCCGCCAACAAAAUCGGCGUAGGAGUAGUAGCACUCGAUGGCACAAUCCUCUCAAAUCCACGGCACACUUACAUUACGCCGCCGGGCCACGGUUUUCUCCCGCGUGAAACCGCGCAGCACCACCACCAACACGUGCUACCCUUAAUAAAAUCCGCCCUAGAAACCGCCGGAGUAACUCCGGACGAAAUAGACUGUCUCUGCUAUACGAAAGGCCCCGGCAUGGGUGCGCCGCUGCAGGUUGCGGCGGUGGUAGUGCGCGUGUUAUCUCAGCUGUGGAAGAAACCUAUCGUUGGGGUAAACCAUUGUGUGGCCCAUAUUGAAAUGGGUCGGAUUGUAACCGGGGCUGAUGAUCCGGUUGUGUUGUAUGUGAGUGGGGGAAAUACUCAGGUUAUUGCGUAUAGUGAGGGAAGGUAUAGGAUUUUCGGGGAGACGAUUGAUAUUGCUGUGGGGAAUUGCUUGGAUAGGUUUGCUAGGGUUCUUACUCUGUCCAAUGAUCCUAGCCCUGGGUACAACAUUGAACAGGUUAGUUUAGCUACUUUGUAGUAGAAAGUAUUUUUU